AUGCAAUUCACUCGGGCAAACUGCGAGGUUUUUGAAGCAGUAGCUGCACAAGUAAUUAGCAUGAAUAGAUGUGGUAUCAAAACUUCUUCCGUUGUAGCACAUAUUGCCCUACAAUCUGGAGGGUAUGACGAUCUUCCUUUCCAACUAAGAGAUGUGUACAACAAAGUGGCUAGUUUAAGAAAGCAAGAGAACAUAUCAAGUGAUGCAGAAGGUACAUUGGGUUUCUUGGACGGCUUAUCAUCAAUGGAUCCUGAAUUUUACGUCGAGUACAAGAUUGAUGACGAAAAUCGAUUAGCAUUCCUUUUUUGGGCUGAUGGUACGAGUAGAAGAGACUACAUGUUAUUCGGGGAAGCUAUUGCUUUUGAUACAACAUACCGCACCAAUAAGUAUAAUAAGCCAUUGACUGUAGUUGUUGGCGUCAAUCACCAUUUUGAAACUUGUGCGUUCGGUUGCGCAGUUUUACUUGAUGAGACGGAAGACGCUUAUAUUUGGUUCUUGAGGGUGUUCCUUGAUUGCAUGAGCAACAAAAAACCGAAAGUAGUCCUCACUGAUAAUGAUGAAAGGAUGGAAUUCGCAAUCAGACAUUUUUUACGAGACUCUACCCAUCGACUUUGUGCAUGGCAUCUAGGGAACAAUGCCACAAAGAAUAUUAAGAUUCCAGAUUUCAACAACGGCUUCUUUGACUUAAUAUACAACUACUACACAGUGGAAGAGUUUGAAGAAAAAUGGGCCGCUUUGUUGGCACAGUUCGGCCUUAAAGAAAAUUCUUGA